AUGAAACGAAGAAUCACAUUUGUCCAGAGCAUUGAUGCUGGUUUCGACCCGCAGCAAGCUGUGUUGACCACGUCAUCCCUCUCCGUCCGUGACUUGGACGCCGCGCGGGAGGACCGUAUUACGGUCGGACUAGAUGAGCUUCCAGACGAGCUGCGCGGUGUCUUCGAGCAAUCCCAUGAGCUUCACCUCCGCUGGGCCUCCGAGCGGUCCUACGAUGCGGUCGCACCUUUCACAAGCCGGGUAUCGCCUGGUCUGCAUGUGCAUUAUACUCCGCUGACGUCGGACUCGUCUUCGGAGGCACUGUGCACACUGCUCCGCACGGUGGUCGCACCCAAUCAAGACUCUCAAUACAAGAACUGUUUGAAGCCGGAGGACUCGUUCAUUACACCCCCGCUUCUCUCGACACGAUUCGCUUCCUCCGCCUCCUUCCAAUACCACACCCAACUCACCUCUAUUGAAUCUUUGGUCAAAUAUAUCCAGACUGCUGUCUGUGGUAAGAGCGACGUUCAUGGCACCGAGUGCCACACCUGGGCCCAUGCCCUCGUCUCUGCAGAUUCGGUCGAUAUCGACUACGACAGCAUUUCACACGCCUUGACCGUGUCUGGACUCUGGACCAGACCACCAACAGGUGGAUGGACAGAUCAAUUUGACACACCGACUUCCACCACUGACCAAAUUGAAUUUGGCCUCUUAGGCGCCGAGCCAGGGCUUGAGCCAGAGGAGAUCAAGAUGGGCGGCCUGUUAGCGGUUGUUGGACAGGACAAGAAGCUCAAACCAACCAUGUUCUCAUUCCCUUCCCGCCACCAACCUCUCAUCGAACCAGCGAGCUACACCGUCUCAUUCGCCCCUCCAACUGGUCUCCAUCCCAUGAUGUCUAUAUCUAUGCCCCGAUCAUCACUUAAACGGCCCCCAGCACCCAGUGAGGCAACCUGCGCGCUACAUACAUACCUCACCCUCCCAUCCAAUAUCUUUGGAGAUCAAUUCCAGCUUGGCACAACAGAUCCGCUCUUCCUCGAAUCACAUAACAUCGUAGCCCUCCGUGCUCUAGCGGGUGAAAUGGACCUCGAAGCUCCGGACUGGGUCAUUCAACGUUGGGGCUCAAAUUGGCUCCUCGAGCUAGCAACCCCAGAAAUCACAGAUGAGGCCAGCACGCCAGACUCCUCCAAUUGGACCGCCACUAUUCCUCUACAUCUGCGCUACCUACCCCCUUCGGAAACAGGAUACCGCACCGCGCACGUCCCCUGGCCCGUCGUCUUCUGGGCCUGUACCGCCGAGGACGGAACGAAGAUGGGCGUGAACCCUUUCGACCGCACCAAUCUCGGCUGGGAUGGUCUAUUUGGCCCGCGAACCAUGUUCUACCAGCUUCAGCCUACGGGUGAGCGUCUAAUUGAGGAUAUCGACGUGCCAGUUCUGCGACUUGGCGAGGAUGGUUACUUCCAAGGUAAGCACAUUGAGCUCGGGACAUGUGUGGUUAUCUCUCUUGGGUUCUUGUGGGUGCUUUGGCGGCUUGUUCGUGUUACUUUGUCCUCUGGGAUUGGAUCAAAUUCUGGAAUUAAACGGAUCGAGGAAGUGCAUGACAAGAAGGAAUGA